AUGCCGACCCUGCCCUGUCCUGUCAUUCCCCGUCUCCCCCGCCCCGGCGCAAAGAAAAAGUAAGACAACUCAUCCCUUCCAUCACCCAUCACCCAUCGCCAUCUCCACGCCAGCCGGCGGCGCAAUCGCUUUUCCACCUCGGCUGGCCCUGUUCAAGAAUGGACUUUGGGCCAGAAAGGGCAGCUUCUCGGCUUCAGGCUUCCAUGGACCAUGGGCAAUCUCGUUGGGGUCGGACUCGCUGUGUCUCCCAAAGGUCUUGUGCUCUUGGCCUGGCCCUCACUCAAACUUUCCAAAGGCUGGGCUGUUGCCCCGGAUCCCGAUGGUUCAGCCCCGGCUGGAAUCCUUGGACGGCAUUUCCACCCAAACGUGCGAAUGGCGAAUCGUGUUGCGUAG